AUGCGUUUUCUCUCACUUGCCUCACUGGGCCUGGUCUCGCUCGUCCAGCUGGUCGCUUCACAGGACCUCUCCACCCUCCCAGCCUGUGCCGUGACAUGUGCUCUCAACGCCAUCGGAGCAACAGGCUGCUCCGCGACGGACGCUCAUUGCGUCUGCUCAGCAACAUCGUUCCUGACGACAGUGCAGACAUGCAUCGGCACCGCCUGCAACGCCACUGAUGUAGCAGCAACCCUCGCCUUCGCACAGCAGUACUGCCUCUCCGGCGGCGUGACCAUCACACUGCCAACAGGGGGAGCCGUGCCCGCCACGACCGUCAGCCCAUCGUCCGCCCCUGGCUCCACCGUCUCCGCGUCUGCGGCUCCACCGACCGUGUCGGCCACCUCGACCAUCACCUCGCUCAGCCCUGCUUCGUCUGGCGGCUCGAGCGCUCCCCCGCCCGCCGCAACGUUCACCGGCGCCGCCAAUGUCCUGCAGCAGCAAUGGGGUGUUCUGGGUCUGCUGGGCUUGGGUGUCGCGGCUGUGAUUUGA